AUGUCAAAUCUUGGGCUCAAACAUUACACUGUCUUUCUAGGAGCGCCGCCUGCAUCCUCUGCUUCCUCGAAACUGAAAUAUAACUGGCGUGUCGUGUCGCCUGAGGCGACUGACGAUCUUUCCCCGGUGGGCUCGCCGAGUCGUUCGCAGCAACACGUCUUCUAUCCUCCUGCGACUCUAGCAGAGGCUAGCCGGCGAAUCUCUGUUCUGUACGAGAACAUCAUCUUCAAGGAUACUUCUGUAGGCGAUCUUGACUCUGUAGGAGAUGACCGAGACGAUGAAUAUCAUAGUUCAAUCACCCGUCCAAGAGAUGACCAGACGACCAUGAUCACCUGGGCUCCGACACCGAGCGGGACCGGGAUGCGCACUGAACCGUCCAUGUACUUUCGUGCAGAGCCAUCGCGCGUACAGACCACAACGGUCGGCGAAACGCAAGAAACACAGUCCUACGAAUACUCAGACGCUUCCUCCAUCGCCCGCUUCCCCGAUUUUCAGUUUAAUCUCCAUAUCCUCGCACCGCUCUCCGAAUUCUCAUCGUCUAAGCAGCGUGGUAAAGGGUCAAAGAAGAUAUCUACGCUCCUUGCGACUCUAGAGGUCGAGGGUCCGGAUAGGCUGACUCUUCGGAAAGGAGUCGAUUCAGGGAAAGAAAUCUACGUGUUCAAGAUGGUGCUGGGCGAUGAGAACGGGUCUGUGUGUAAGUUGACGGCUUGGAGAGAGGUAGCGGAGAUAUGGGGAGGUGUUGGUCAGGAGACGGGGAUAAAGCGCGGAGACAUCGUCUACCUCGAAAACGUGCUAGUCGCAUGGGAGGAUGAGACCCCCCUUGUCCUCACGGCAUCGCCCUACCUUAAGUCUAGGGCUGAAAUAUGCUAUCGAACAAUGCCGAGGGCUUCUUUCCCAGAUGAUGCGCGCUUGAGACCUGAUUUACGACUUGGUUAUAGCGACGCCACCGUACGGAGAGUUGCCUCGGUCGUUCACUGGUUCGAAGUCCUCGCCGGAUUAGUGGCAGGAUAG